ACCAGUGCCGGGUGUGUAGCUUUACCGGGACAGUCACACAUGCAGGAGCCCGGGGGGGCCACAAUGUGGCCCCUGUGCGUGGAGCCAUGGCACCCAGACUGAGCCCCCGCAAUGCCCGCAGGUACCUCUUCCUGUGCACCCUGUGCCUGUCCUGCACCCUUCUCUGCUACAACCUCAUCCUGCGCGGGGGGCACCACAACAUGCACAGCCAGGGGUACCUGCACCUCGGCUGCCCCCCACUGCUGGGGGGCAAGAAACUACUGCAGAAUGUGCUCCUGUGCCCCCACUCCGGAGCUGCACUUACCUUCUCCAACACGGACCUAUCCUCCUACCCGGACUGGAGUGGCAAGAAUCAGACGGAACCCCCCGAAAUGACUGGGAGCCCCCCAAAACCUACCGAGCACCAGGCGCACCCCACUGGGAAUAGCACGGCUGCACCCCGAUACGGGCACAAGAGGCUGCCCCAGGCCAUCAUUGUGGGGGUCAAGAAGGGGGGCACUAGAGCAGUCCUGGAAUUUGUUAGGGUGCAUCCAGAAGUGAGAGCUAUGGGCACUGAACCCCACUUCUUUGACAGGAACUAUGAGAUGGGGUUGGACUGGUACAGAAACCUGAUGCCUCGAUCCCUGGAUCACCAAAUUACGGUGGAGAAAACCCCCAGCUACUUUGUGACGCGGGAAGCCCCUCGUCGGAUUUCACACAUGUCACCUAGAGUCAAACUGAUUGUGGUAGUCCGUAAUCCCGUGACCCGGGCAAUCUCUGAUUAUACUCAGACUCUAUCCAAAAAACCAGACAUCCCCAGCUUCAAUGAACUAGCUUUCCUCAAUAGGACAAGUGGAGAGGUGGAUACUUCCUGGAAUGCUAUCCGGAUUGGACUCUAUGCUUUACAUCUGCAGCCCUGGCUUAGUCAUUUUCCAAUAUCCCAAAUGCACUUUGUAAGCGGAGAGCGGCUGAUCACAGAUCCAGCCGGGGAGAUGGCAAGAGUACAGGACUUUCUUGGCCUCAAACGUCUGGUCACAGAGAAACAUUUCUACUUUAAUAAGACUAAGGGUUUUCCUUGCCUCAAAAAGCCUGGUGGUGGAGGAGCACCACGUUGUUUGGGUAAAUCAAAGGGUCGGGCUCAUGUACAGAUCACCACUGACGAUAUAGAACAAUUACGAGAAUUCUAUAGACCCCAUAACAUUAAGUUCUAUGAAACUGUUGGGCAGGACUUUCACUGGGAGUAGGAUAUCAAUCAAAAACUGUGGACAAAGGCUUCCAAGAAGAAAAUUUUCAGAAAAUAGACAAAUUGAUAGAUAGCUUUACCUCUGGACAAAGUGACGAUACAGAGAGGAACAGACUUUAAAAAAUAGGAAUUUUAGAUUUUUUUUGUUUAAAGAAGUUUGGAUCAAGGAGGAAACAAGAUGUUAAUAGGUCUUAACAAAGAGUCUAGAAACCUUCACGUCCUUAAAAUCUUAAACCAUCAUGGAUGGACUUGUCCCAAAUAUCAAGGAGACAUAAAGCACAAUGCACUUUGCUCUUCCACUUCAAGGACUAGAGAACAUGAUCUAUAAGAUGAGGCCAGAAGCUUCAGGACAAGAAGGUCCCAGAACCUAAGACU